AUGUUCAAGGACGACAAGGAAACUCAGUCGUUAUUGACGGAUAUUUUUGGACUCACGUAUAUAAUGUCAGUCCCGUUAUCGCCCGCUCCCGGAGCAAUAGUCGAUUUCGUCGCCAAAAAAUACCGCCACUCAGAAAACAACCACGAAAAAGGGCAACGAGUCGGCAUCGCCAUCAACUGUCUUCUCAUCACCAUUUCGACCGUGAUUCUCUCCUACCUCUGCACUUUUCAAAACAGCGUCAGCAUCGCAAUCACUGCGGAGGUAAUUUUCUCGAUUAUCCGAACAUUUCUCUACGCUGUUUGUGCUCAAGCUGCGUUUUUACUCUUUCCAAAUCAUCUGUUCGGUCUGAUUUAUGGAUUCUUGAAUCUUCUCAAUGGUCUGGCGACUCUUCUGGCUGAUCCGAUUUUUCGAAUCAUUCAGGGCCCGCUAAAAGGAGAUUACACUUUGGUCCACUACAUUCUCGCGAUUCUGGUUUUCUCGACAAUCAUACAGAACAUUCAUCUUCUGAGAAACAAAUCCGAAGCAGAAGUCAAAAAGACAAAUUCAAACUUGGAAAGUUCUUCUUGA